AGUACAGUAGCGAGCUGGUGCCGGCUGGGUCGGUGUUCGUCAGUAGCUAGCGACUUUUCGUGCCAUUUUUUUGUAAUAAACAAACCGCUCUCGUCGCUGUCAGUCACAGAUCAGUCCGUACAUUCGGAGCGGAGCAGCGAGUCUCAAGUAACAAGCUGGCCAGCAAGCCAAACUAGUUCAGUAAUUUAGCAAGUUAAGUUAGCUAUUUGAAUUUCAGCAGGACGAUAUUCGCUUUGAAGUUAAUUCAGUUGAUAGUUAAUUUAGCAUUUCUGUAAUGUUCUAGAUUUGGACAUUUCUAACGUUUUAGACUAAACAACUAGCAUAACUAUAGCUAAUGUCAGCUAGCUAGCUUGGACAUUGUUUGCUUAUCAGGAACACUUAAAACAUAGCUAACGUUGGAUGACAAUAUCUUCAGUUACUGUGUAACUUUCAAAAUACAGCUAGAUAACUAGCUAGCUCGCAAUAUAUUAACAGACGUUUUUUUCCAUCAGUUAGCUGACGUUUGCAGUCAAGCAAAAAGGAACUUGACAGGCAUAGUCAACGUUACUGUUAGAGAGCUGGACAGAUAACGUACAGUGCGAACAAUUUCACCAGCAAACGUCAGUAAGUAAUCAGUUUUACACAGAGGACUAAUUACUAGUUAGCUAUUGUUAUUGGGAGCUUACUAUCUGGUUAGCUGUGGUAAACAAGCAGUAGGUAACAUUAGCCAGCUAAGUAGAAGAUACAAGGAUAUCAGUUGCAAUCUGCAUCCACAGCUGUAAAUUGCUUGCUAACGUAACUAAUUGUUAAUUUGUAUUUAUUAGCCUGCCAAGUAUCAGCAAUAUUUUGUUUACCAAGGGUUUUCAAGUAGAACAAAAACAAUCCAGCUAGCUUGUUAAAUAAAUAAUUAAAACCUCUUACAAACUACCACGGUCGACGUUUUGUCUCGGUGUUCACGAAGAAAAGGACAAAAAGUGCAUUGCAAAUUGUCAGUUGCAUUGGAAGACCAAUACAGUUAGUGAAAGUGUACAUCAGCGUGUCAGGCUCCUUUUCAUUUCUGACCCGGAUUGUCAUUUUAUCGGUGUUAUUGUGGAAAAUGGCGGCGGUAGGAAUGGUGCAGAUGUUGAUCGAAGCUGCUGAAUAUCUGGAACGGAGAGAAAGAGAGGCAGAACACGGCUAUGCUUCUAUGUUACCCUACAGCAACGGCAAAGAAAGGGAUAGCCUGAAACGGAAAAAUAAAAGCAAGAAAAGUUCCAACAGCAGGUCCACGCACAAUGAAAUGGAGAAGAACAGACGGGCCCACUUGCGGCUGUGUUUGGAGCGUUUGAAAUCGCUGGUGCCUCUGGGCCCCGACUCCAGCAGACACACCACCCUCAGCCUCCUGAUGAAGGCCAAGGAGCACAUUAAGCGGUUGGAGGAGAGCGAGCGGAGGGCCCAGCACUCCAUAGAGCAGCUGCAGCGGGAGCAGAGGCACCUGCAGCGCCGGCUAGAGCAGCUGGGAGUGGAGCGUGUGCGCAUGGACAGCACAGGAUCCACUCGGUCCUCAGAGAAAUCUGACUCUGACCAGGAAGAGCUGGACGUUGACGUGGACGUAGACGUGGACGUUGACGUGGACGCGGAUGCAGACGCGGAUGCAGACGCGGACGCAGACGUGGACGUGGAGGGCACAGACUACCUCAUGGGGGAGCUGGACUGGAGCAGGAGCAGCGUUAGCGACUCGGACGAGCGCAGCAGCCUCCGCAGCAGCUGCAGCGACGAGGGCUACUCCAGCGCCAGCCUGCUCCGCCUCGCCUGCCCACCGGAGGGCAGCAUGGUGCUGGCCUGCAGCCUAUAAGCACAGAGCCGCAUGGGAGGAGGCGGAGCCUGAGGCCCGGAGACUGACCGCUGACCCCUCCCCCCUCCAAUACACACAUACCUGUACACAUACACACACACGCUCGCACCCGUAUGUACACAUGCACAUGCAUACACACACACGCAAGCACACGCACGCACACACACACGCACGCAUGCACAAAGCAGUCUGGUGCCAAGAGACUGACCAUUGACACCCCCUCCUAACACACACUCAAAAACACACACGCACACACACAUUCACGUGCACACACACACACACACACACAUUCACUCUGAGACACACUCAGGAGUCUUAGUGACCCAAUCACAACCACCUCACUCCCUGCUUGUCCAUCAGAGGGGCCAAAUCGUCACUGACACAGCCCAAAGCCGAAAUGUCUCCAGUCCAAUCAGAUGCAUGGAUUCGCCAGGCCCUGCCCCCUCCACGUUGAGCUACACUGUGUCCAACUUGGAUGCUGUGAUUCAACCUCUCUCUCAUACACACACACACACACACACACACACACAUACACGCACACACACACACACACACACACACACCAAUUUCUGCUGGUUUAGCACCGGACAUCAGCCACUACAACAUUGUCAGACCACGCCCGGCUGCCCAUCAGAACCGUGGUCCAACCACAAGCAGCCGAACCAGCUAAGCCCCGCCCCCUGCCUCCGGCUGUUGACGAGACCCAGCCCUCUCAACGGAGGCGUCGUGUGCAGGAGGCUGCGUCUGUCUGUCUGUCCGAGGACGUUCUUUUGCACUUUGAGAAGUGGACAGAUCUUCCGGAUCCUUCUCUUAAUUCCUCCUGCUAGGAGCCGCAGCUAUGUUAGUAACCUCACAGGUGCAGUCACUAUUUUUAACGAAACCGACCCCCCCCACAACCCCAAUCUCUGCAUCUACAGCGGGCUUCUCCUGCGGAGAUUUGGGCUCUAAGCAAUGGGCGGGGCAUCCCCUGUGGGAGGGGCCUAAGCCACUGCACUGCUUGUCCCCGCCCCUGAGAGCGGCGGUUUCCUUCCUGCCUCCCGCGACUCUUUAAAAGGGGGGGAGUCACUGUUAACGGUGAAGUAAAUGACCUGUCCUUUGGAUAAAAUAUCCUAAACCCCCCCCCCCCCCUUUUACCUUUAGACCACUCCGGCCGCCAUGAACUUUUAACUAUGAAGAAAGAAAACAAAAGAAAACAAAAAAAAAUUGUUGUGAAGAGCAAUGUGCAGCAUGAGAUUGUGAUGGGGUGGGGUGGGGUGGGGUUGGGGUUGGGUUGGGGUUGGGUUGGGGUGUGGUUUUUGGGUGGGGUCACGGGCAGGGCGGGGUGGUGUGAGUCCGUCCUGCUUCCUCCUCUCUCUGAUGACAGCGGCAAAUUUUGUCCUUUUAUCGUUUACUGUUUUUUUUUUUUUUUUUUAAGGGUUAGGCGAAAGGUCACUGUGCAUUAGAUUUAUAAGAAGGGAAGACUGACUGACUGACUGACUGACUGACUGACUGACUGACUGAGUGAGAGAGAGAAAAAAGCACAUUCCAUGUAGAGGCAGCAGGGGGCGCUCUGGAGCAGGCCCCACGGUCAACAGAGAGCCGCUGUAAGGCUCAGCCUGUGAGUUUGACUGCUGAUCUGAGAUCAGUGUGGCCUGUAAACUCGUAAUGGGCAGGCCUUUGGAACCUGACCCUAGACCAGCACUCCUGCUCUGAGUGGCUUUAGGAAUAGCUAACGACACGCUCCACCAGUCAGCGACUCACCUCGCUUUCUGAAAACAACUUGUGAAGAAAGUGUGCGUGUGUGUGUGUGUGCGUGUGUGUGUAUACGUACGCAUGUGUGUGUGUUCUCCCUGGAAACGAUUCACAACAGAUGAAGUACACUCCAACUCCAUCUUUCUUACGUAUUUAUCAUUUUAAAAUAUAUAUUAGUCAGUUUUAUGUAAAUAGUUUACAGACAGAUACGUAUAUGUACAUCUACAAAGUAUUUAUAUUUAAUCUUAAUAUCCUAAAAUCAGAUUACUUAAUAUAUUAAUUUUAGAAGGUAGUUGUUGCUUUAAUUGCGUUUUGUCGUUCCUGUUGUUCUGAGUGUGUCGUUUGUGGGCGCGGUGAAGUGAAGCUUCGAGCUUUGAAGCGGUUUCUUUUUAUUUUCAUAAACUGGGCUUUUCGUGAUGUUUAGAUGGCGAGAAUUUUAACUUUUUACCCGUUAAUUCUUGUGUGUGUUAUUUGAAAAAGCCAUCAUUGGUGCCAGCAAAAAAAAAAAAAAAACUCCAAAAAUGUCCAAAUAAAUGUACAAAAAAGAUGAAAUAACGGGGAAAAAAGGGUAAUAAAAAAAAUAGUAAAAUUGAAAAGGGCAGAAGAAGCUGGCAGAAGUGGCCGAGUCGUUCUGCGAAAGUUAGCGGAAGUUAGCGGAAGCAGCGGGCGAUCUUUAGAGCCGACGACCUCUGUCCCUCCUCUCGUCUCCAAAACCACGACUUUGGCCGCUAGUCAAUCGACAUUCAUCCAUAACUUUUAGUUACAAGCGAAUGCCGGUGUUACACUCCUCCAGCUCAGUUUGCUGGGUUCGUUUUACUGAUUGUUGAGCUGGCUAAACUGUGUUUGCGAAUAAAAAUAACAAUUCUUGCCUUCGAUUGUUGCUCAGAGUUAAGGAUGAACGUGGACUGAAUCCCGGGCAUUCUCUCAGAGUCGCGGGCUCGGCUGCUUCACCGUGAAGUCGGCAGCCAUUUCAGAUUUGAGUAAUUAAAGUGAUUAACUGCUCUAAAUUGAUCAAUGAACUGCUGAGUAACGACAAAAAUCGUCGUCCAACGCAGCUCUCCACAACCAAGAGUGAGUACAGCGGAGGAAAGGGUUGAUUCGGCCAGAGAGAGAGAAUAGUGGAGUUCAGUGGCUAACUUCUGGUCUGGAAAACGAGAUGCAGUUUUGCGCUACGAGGAUGUAAAGGUUCAUGGGAGUUCGUUUUUUUUGCGGUGGGAGGGGGAACUAAGGUGCCCACCGCGCUCAACCUGCUGCUCCCACGCUGUCGCGGUACGUUGCCAUGGAGACUUCCGCUUUCAUGACAAGGGCCACCUGCUCUAAGCAAAACAGUAAUAGCGAAAGGAUAUAGGACAGUUAGCUAUUCCGCCUGUUUGCUCAGUGCCGCUGCUUGAAUGCAGUGUUGGGCGGUGAGAUGAAGGAACGCCCUUGGUGAGCUAGGACGGGACUCUGCGUUCUUGCGAAUUGCGCUUGUGAAUGGGGCUUGUGUGUGCGUGUGUGUGUGUGUGCGUGUGUGUCUGUGUGUGUGAUGGAACAGGGAUGGUGUCUCGUCGGUCUUGUCGCUGUCUUCAGAAAGAGAAUAAAGCUUUUGGGUUGGGUGACUUAGGGAUAAAGUUUGUUUAAACAGCCAUUUGUAUAGAUAUGCUUUUGUCUUGUUUUUAUUUGUUACGAGUAAAAAGGUGAAAAAAAAAAAAAAAAACGAAAAAGGGGAAAAAAAAUAGUCCACUUUCCAAGACGUCAUGUAUCGAGCAUUAGCACCCAGUUCCCCCCUCUCUUUGUUUACUGUUGGUGUCUUCCACUCCUCCCCCCCCCUCCACUUUGUGUGAACUUGGUCUGUCCCAGCACUGGCAGGGAGGAAAUGGUGCAGAGGGCCAGGUAGGCCCCGCCCCCUCUCUCCAUCCCCUCUCUCGCCCUUUUCAAGCAACACUUUGUACAGACCUUGGUGCUUCAGCACCUGCUGGUAAGCGGCAGGUGUGGAUAAUUUAAGAUCGAGACUGCGGUUUUAAAAACCAGAGUUGCACAUUUACCUGUAAUGCAGUCCAUUACACCAGGUAACACCUGGGAGUCAUCCAUUUUUGUUUUGUUUGUUUAUGUACGUACGUUUGUAUGUAUAAUUUUUUUUCUGUAUAUACAAAGUGGCUAAAGCCUUAAAACAGACAAAUGUAUGAUAACCACAACAGUAUAUAUUAUAUUCAUAUAUAAUAUAUAUCUAUACAAUAUAAACAUAGCUAUAUACAUUGCAACAGUCAUUCCUUCUCUCAUUGUAGCCGUGUCUCAGGAACAUCCCUGUCAUACACACACACAAACACACAUAUACACACACGUGCGAGCGCACGCACACAAACACACGCACACACACACACACACCCAUCCACACAAGCGAGGACAGACUUACUGUAUGUCUGUUAAACAAGCAAAGCAUACAAAAUGGUGGACACUUGGUGCACUUAUUUUUAGAAGUGGGGAAUUUGGACGAUGUGGACUUAAAUAUUAAAAACCAGAAAAAAUUCUGUGAAACGUGGAUCAGUAAUUUAUAUUUGCCAGUGACAUGAAUGGAAUAAAGAAAUUAAAUUUAAAAAAUGUUGUUUAA